AUGUCCGCUCCUAAGGCCUCUAUCGCCGCCACGCGCCCCGUCAACCCGUCCGGCGUAUCGCCCACACUCACCGCAGACCAGCUCUGGAAAGGGCUUGUCAUCAAGUCCCGUGAACCACAACGCUUCCUCGAGUUCUUUGAAUCGUGCGAGAUCGUCAAGGAUGAAGGAACUCUGAUAUCCCGCCGUGCAAAGACCAAGACCGGACAGAUCAUUGAGGAAGAUGUUCACCUAUAUGAGCCUACUAUUUGUUACUUCGAAUCUGGAUCCUUCCGCGUCACCAACAUCAUCUCCUACGACUCUGCCGGCGAGCUCCAGCUCACCUUCUCCUUCUGCAACGGCAUUCCUGGCCCGAAUCCCGAUGAGGCCCUCACUAACCCGGUUGUAGCUGCGAACAAGGUUGGCGAGGGAGCGGUCAAUCAUACGCUCGAGGCUGUGAGGGCGUUAGUCAGGUCUGGAGAGAUCCAGUAGCUGAGCAGUGGGAGAAUGAUGAUGUGUACCAGUGAUCCGUGAGAGUGGGUAGGUUUGUACUUUAGGAAUAGAGGUUGUAUCAGUUUCGUCUGUGAAUCGUAUUUUU